GACAACGACCUUUGCACUCCUCCUGGCCCCAUGGCCGAAAACAUCUACAGCAAGGGGACCAGAGUCUGGUUCGCGGACAAGGACCAGGGAUGGAUAUCUGCAGAGGUCUCGUCCGUCACCAGGAAUCCCGACGACUCUAUCAAGCUCUUCUUCGUUGACGAGCGCGGCAAGGAAAUCACGAUAGAUACCUCGGUGCAGGACAUCAAGGAUGGAAAAGAGGGUUUGCCUCCAUUACGCAACCCGCCGCUGCUGGAGACCGCGGAUGACUUGGCUACGCUCUCGCAUCUCAACGAGCCCUCCGUUCUGCACACCAUCCGCAACCGAUAUGCCCAACAUAGCAUCUACACGUACUCCGGCAUUGUUCUCAUCGCCAUGAACCCCUUUCAACGCGUCACGCUGUAUGGACCCGAGAUCAUGCAAGCGUAUAACGGGCGCCGGCGCGGAGAGCUGGAGCCACAUUUGUUUGCGAUUGCGGAGGACGCUUAUACGGCAAUGGCGAAGGAUAGUAUGGGGCAGACGAUCAUCGUCUCCGGAGAGAGUGGUGCCGGGAAGACAGAGUCUGCCAAGUAUAUCAUGCGGUAUCUAGCCUCUGUGGAUCCUCCGAACUUCAAGGGCAAGGGAAAGACAAAGAUAUCCAUGGACGAGUCGAGUGAAGUCGAGCGUCAGAUCUUGGCCACCAAUCCUGUCUUAGAAGCGUUCGGUAACGCGAAAACGACGCGAAAUGACAACUCGUCUCGAUUCGGGAAGUAUAUCCAGAUUCUCUUUGACGGCGAACAAGAGAUUGUCGGAGCGCGGAUACGGACAUACCUUUUGGAGCGUUCGCGAGUGGUGUUUCAGCCCCUCACCGAGCGCAACUACCACAUCUUCUACCAACUGUGUGCCGGUGUUCCGACGAAGGAGAGAAAGGACCUUGGUCUCGAUGCGGACGUCUCCAAGUUCCAGUACCUCAGCCAGGGAGGCCCUCAGUCUAGCCCUAUACCCGGUGUCGACGACGCGGAGGAGUUCCGACAAACGCAGACGGCACUGUCGACUAUUGGCAUCAGUAUCGACAAGCAGUGGGCCGUGUUCAAGCUCUUGGCUGCUCUUCUCCAUCUCGGCAACAUCAAGGUCACACAGACACGGUCGGACGCCGUCAUUGACGAUGCGGAUCCCGCGCUGCAACUCGCCACACGCUUCUUGGGUGUCCCCAUCGCAGAGUUCAAGAAGUGGACCAUCAAAAAGCAGAUCACUACGCGGUCAGAGAAGAUUGUCAGCGCGCUCAAUGCCUCACAAGCAACCGGAGUGAAAGAUAGCGUGGCGAAGUUCGUCUAUGCCUGCCUCUUCGAAUGGCUCGUCGCUAUCGUCAACGAGAGUUUAGCGGGGGAGAACGGCGAGGCAGCCAACCGCGCGGAGAUGUUCAUCGGUGUGCUGGAUAUCUACGGGUUCGAGCAUUUCAAGAAGGCAAGUACAUUCCAUUGUCACUUGUCAUGUCAUACUGACGAGUCUGCGCAGAACUCGUUCGAGCAGUUCAGCAUCAACUACGCAAACGAGAAGUUGCAGCAACAGUUCAAUGCUCACGUCUUCAAGCUCGAACAAGAGGAGUAUGUCCGAGAGAAGAUCAACUGGACGUUCAUUCAGUUCUCAGACAACCAACCUUGCAUCGAUGUCAUUGAGGGGAAGCUGGGCGUCAUGGCGUUGCUCGACGAGGAAUCUCGAUUGCCAUCCGGUACCGAUGCGUCGUUCUUGCAGAAGCUACACAACCAACUACUCAAGCCGGAGAACGCAAAGGUCUUCAAGAAGCCGCGGUUUGGCAAUUCCGCCUUUACGAUCGCUCAUUAUGCUCUCGACGUCACCUACGAAGCCGAAGGGUUCCUGGAGAAGAACCGUGAUACAGUGCCCGACGAACACAUGUCUCUCCUAACGUCGACCAAGAAUGCCUUCCUAAAGGAGGUCCUCGACGCUGCCUUUGCUGCUACCAAGGGCCCCGACUCCGCACCGCCCGCUUCGCCAACGCCAUCUGACUCUCCCAGUGGCGGUUCACGACGCUCCUCUGUCAUUCCCGAUCCGGGGCGUCAGUCUCUUAUGUCUUCUGCUGUCUCGUCUGCGUCGGGUGCCAAGCGGCCAGGAGCCGUCGCCAGGAAGCCUACACAAGCAUCAAUCUUCAAGGCUUCGCUCAUCAGCCUGAUGGAGACACUCAGUCAGACGAACGUGCAUUACAUCCGAUGCAUCAAGCCCAACGAAGUGAAGAAGGCUUGGGAGUUCACGCCCCAGCAAGUUCUCGGCCAGCUCAGGGCGUGUGGUGUCUUGGAGACUAUUCGUAUCAGUUGUGCAGGGUAUCCUUCACGCUGGACGUACGAGGAGUUUGUCGAGCGAUACUACAUGCUGGCAAACUCGUCUGAAUGGGGGCCGAUGAUUCAAAACCUGGAGCUGAAGGCUCUCUGCAAUCUCGUCCUUGAUCGCACACUGAACGAUCCGGACAAGUACCAGACUGGCCUAACCAAGAUCUUCUUCCGUGCCGGUAUCCUCGCGGCUCUAGAAUCCCUGAGAAGCGAGAAGCUGAACUCGCUGGCCACUGUCAUCCAGAAGAACAUGCGGAGGAGGGUAGCCGUCAAGAAGUAUGAACAGCUGCGCCGAGCAACGAUCAAGAUUCAGACCUGGUGGCGCGGCAUUAUUGCCCGUCGAUUCGUCGAGGGCGUUCGUCGCGAGGUUGCGGCCAUUCGCCUACAGGCUGCUGCGCGAAGAUUCGUCCAGAGGCGCAGCUUCCUACAAGUCCGGAAUUCGAUUGUUCGAUUGCAGAGCCGGGCUCGCGGUGCUCAGACUCGGCGACUGUUCGCCAACUCCCGACGCACUCAUGCGGUUGUUUUGCUGCAAAGUCUCUCGCGUGGAAUCCUUGUGCGACGAGCCCAUCGUGUCGACGUCGCCAGGGUUGUGCUCAUACAGUCUUGCAUCCGUCGUCGUUUGGCUCGCAAGGAGCUCAAGGCCCUCCGUCAAGAGGCGCGAUCAGUCUCGAAGUUCAAAGAGAUCUCCUACCGACUGGAGAACAAGGUCGUGGAACUAACGCAGACGCUGCAAAAGCGCACAGAGGAGAAGAAGGAGCUUCAGGCGAAAGUCACGCAACUAGAGCAGCAGCUACAGCUCAUGACGUCUCGGCACGAGGAGUCGGACUCGCGAAUGAAGCAAUUCCAGUCUGACUUGCAGUCAGCACAACAGGGAAUCAGUCGCCGCGACGAGUUGUUGCUCGCGAAGGAGGAUGUGGAGCGGCGUUUGGAGGAAGCGUUGACAAAGGCUGCUGAGAAGGAAGACGCGAUACAGAAGCUGACAGAGGACCUGGCGCGACACGCCACUCAGUUGGAGAGCCAGCAAAGAGCCAUCGACAGUGUCCCCCCUCGAAACGAUGACGACAGCUCCAUCAUUCUCACACUCAAGAGUGAAGUCAGCAACCUACGGGAGCAGCUGAACCGUGCAAACGCCCUCAACGUCCUCACGAGAGGCCCGAGAGCCGAACCUUCGUCUCCUACUUUUGCCACAGGAUUGCGUUUGGGAGAAGUUCCUAACGGCACGGUGAACGGGAAUGGUACCGCUAUGCCUCCUGGCGCUCGUGCACACCAACGGCGGCAUAGUUCAGCAGGUGUCUACGCAAUCAACCCCAUUGAUAACCGGACAUCUGCAGAUGAGCUCAUGAUCAUGGCGAAGCGUAGCCAGGCGAACAACCCUCGCGCAGUAUCUGUGGCGUACAACGGUGAAGACGGACUCCCUCGCUUCCGGGCUCCGAAUGGCCUGUCGGACAUCUACGAUCCCGCGGAGGAGAAGAUCAGGCUCAUGCAGGAGAUCAAGCGCCUCGACGAAGACGUCCUCGACGGCCUUAUCCGUGGCCUCAAGAUUCCGGCUCCGAGCACGGCGAACCCCUCUGCAGUGAAGGAGAUCCUAUUUCCGGCCAACCUCAUCAGCCUCAUCACCAACGAGAUGUGGAAAUACGAGGACGCGAUCAUCCCCGGUAUCUUUUGGUUAUCCAAUGUUCACGAGAUGCUGUCCUUCAUUUGCGAGAACGCCGUUCGUCCAUUCGAGUGGUCGGAUUAUGAGCGGCUCGUCUCUGUCGUCAAGCACGAUCUCGAUAGCCUCGAGUACAACAUCUAUCACACAUGGAUGCUGGAGACGAAGAAGAGACUGUCCAAGAUGGUCAUACCUGCGCUGAUAGAGAGCCAAUCUCUUCCGGGCUUCACGACCACUGACGGCGGUGGCCGGUUAUUCAACCGCUUGCUCAAUUCAAAUGCUCAGCCGGCGUACAGCAUGGACGACAUCUUGAAUCUUCUGAACAAAGUGUGGAAGAGUUUGAAGAGCUACUACAUGGAAGACUCUGUCGUCCAGCAGGUCGUAACAGAGCUCCUCAAGUUGAUUGGGGUAACCAGUUUCAACGACCUUCUCAUGCGCCGUAACUUCUCGUCGUGGAAACGAGCGAUGCAGAUUCAGUACAAUAUAACGAGAAUCGAGGAAUGGUGCAAGUCGCAUGACAUGCCGGAAGGCACUCUCCAAUUGGAGCACCUUAUGCAGGCUACGAAGUUGCUCCAACUCAAGAAGUCGACGCCCGCUGACAUUGAGAUAAUAUACGAUGUCUGCUGGAUGCUGACGCCGACGCAAAUUCAGCGGAUGUGCACCAACUAUUACGUCGCUGAUUAUGAGAACCCCAUCUCCCCCGAGAUCCUUCGCGUAGUCGCGUCGCGAGUAGUCGCUAAUGACCGCAAUGACCAUCUGCUCCUUGCUCCUGAGACGGAGGAAGUCGGGCCUUACGAACUCCCACUCCCACGAGAGGUGUCGGGUCUAGAGACCUAUGUGCCGGCAUAUCUCAAUGUGCCUCAUCUCCGCCGACUAGCUGCUCUGGUAGCGUGAUGUCGUAUACUUCAUUGCUUUCCUUGUGUCUGGGCUCAAUGUAAUUUGCUUUUUACUCAUACCCACAUUUAGUUCUUAAGCAUCAUGUUCUCCCAUUGUCCAUGAGCAUGAUAGAUGGUCUAGAUAUGUUGUCUGAGCAACAAUACACCAUGUAUAUCCCUAUCAUUUGUUGGGCAACAAUGUAU